AUGUCAAGUUUAUCGAUAAUCCUUCUUUCAACAACAUUAUUCCUAUUGCUUUCAUGUUUUAUUGAGGCAAAAGUCAGUCCAUAUAUUAUUUAUGAGAAAUUACCAAUUGAAAAACUGCAACAAGCUAGACAAUAUGGUGCAAGAGGUAGGUUAAAAUAUUUUUGAAAUUGAUUUUGAAAAAUUGAUAUUUUCAGCAUAUAAAGAUUUUCUGCGUGCAACCGAAAAUGCAACUUCACGAGAGAGGUAAGGGGGUUAAGAAUUUCACACAUUAGUUCAGUAACAUCCAAAACACAUUCAUAAAAGUGUUUUGGUACCAAAAAUAUUAGGUUUUGGGUCCAAACAUCUUUACGAAUUGAUCAAAUCGUUCAAUGCGUUCAAAAAUUAUAUGAACCAAUUUUUCGAUAGAUCAAACAAAAAUACGUUUUCCCAUGAAGUGCACCAAAAAAUGAACGUGAGAAACUCAAGAAGUCUGCGCAAAAUCAGCUGACAGAAAAAAUCUUUUUUCACACGAUUUCAAAAAAUUUGAUAUGAUCAAGUUUGGUUUCGAUUUUUUGACCUUCUCAUUUUCCAUACAACCAAUUAUAAUGCGGGUUCUUUGAACGAUGAUAUAUCGAAUAAUGUGACUUUCAAUCACAAUCUAUAAAGAGAAAAUAAAGAUAAACAAAUUGGGACCAUUGCGAUCACUUGAUUCUUUCUUCCUUUUUUUAUUAUCGCGCAACUUUUAAUGGUUUAUGUUUGCGAGGGAAAAUACGACUUAUUAAUGAUGAAUGAUGAGAAAAACAAUAAACAUUUUAUAGAAUGAAUGUGUAUGAGGACUAUUUUAUGCAAUGUAACAAUCUUGGACACGAAAGCGCUGUUUCAAUGUUCGAUCACGUUUACAACACAAAACUUACAAAGGAUAUGAAAGUAAAGACACAAAGAAUAUUCAUAAUCAUUAUCAUAAAUCAAAUUUUUCAGCUUUUACUGACCCUUGGUUUCAACUCAUUCGCGGCUAGAUUUGCAUCGAUGAAUCCAACUGUUUUUGAACAAGGACUUGUACAAUUAUGUGAAAAAUAUGAGAUGCAAUUACAAUGCCAAUUAGGAUUUGGUGAAUCUAGAACAUCAAUUUAUUGGAGAAUUGAAGAUUUGAAAAACACUGAUGGAAAUUUGAGAAUUCUUUUGGAUCGACAAUGUCCACAACCGGAUGCUGAUAAUUCGAUAUAUCCUUGUUUUUCGACAAAUGUUGAUCAAUAUACAAAACCAUGCUAUCAGGUAUGUUAUGCAUUCGGAAUAUUAUUAUUAAUGAAACGUUUUUGAACGUUCUCUUAUCUUGAAAGAUAUAAUUCAUCUGAAACAUUUCGAAAUUUUACUUUUUUUCUUUGCAACUUUUUUUGGGAGUUCUCAUUCAUUUUAUAACCAAAAUCGGCCUAUUUAAAAGUUUGAUCGCACUUAAAAGUUAUUGAAAAACCUUAAAAUAUUGUUUAAUUGAUGUCGGUUUUAUUUCGCAAAAUAUCACUUCAACCCAUAAAAAUUAUCUUGUAGGAAAUGUUGGCUUAUAAUUACACACGAUACUCAGCUGGGCGACGAAUCGCUCGAAUUCACAUCAGAGCAUCAAAACAAAUUGCUGAUCUCACUAAAAACAAGGUAAACUACUUUUCCUUUUCAAGUUAUCUGAAAAAAUCCAAUUUUGAAUUUAGGAUCUUGAAAAUGACGAUGAUCAAUUUUUGACAAUGAAAGAACAUGUUCAAACUGUUUUUGGUCGAGCUCUUGGAUCGAUUGCUGAGAUUGAGGGAGAAAAAUGCGACGCAUUGGAUCGAGUUCUGAAUUGUGUUUUGCCAAAAGUUGAGGCAAAAUGUGGAGUGGAUGCUGUGGAAGUUAUGAAAAGUAGUAUUCUUGUAGGGUGAGUCGAGAAACCUGUUUUUUGCAAUUUCAAUUGUUUAUGAAAAAUUGAAAAUUUUCAAAUUGGUCAGAAAUCAAAAAAAAAAAUUUCAGAUACCUUUCAACCCAACGACGCGAACCUCUUGCAUCACAAUUUGUUGGAUUCGCAGUGGACCCAAGUCCAAAAUGCCAAGCUCUUCAUCCGAACAUUGUGUAA